AUGUUACACUUUAAAAGAAAACUAAAAACGGCUAGUUGGCUCGUGUGCUUUCUUUUUAUCCUUGAAAUCGUUAUACAUUAUGUAAAUCAAAAUAUCAAGCAAUCAAAUACUCAGCAUUCGAUAUUACAAACAUCACCAUCCGUUCGAUCUUUGAAAACAACAGUGAAAUGCGUCGGUCCUUCCUACAACCAAUCGUGUCUCUAUCAAAAUCUUUAUUAUAUCAAGCAAGGAUUUUUAGCCUUAUCUUUAAAAGAAGAUAAUUUAACACUACCAGGUGUUCGACUAGCCGCAUUAGCAACAACUGAGUAUCGUCCACGUCAUCUUAUAUUCGAUACGUAUGAAAAAUUGCAUCAGUUCGUUCGUUCGGAGAACGAACCAAGAAUGUUAUCGGGACUAACAAUUCAUUUUAAUCAACUUUGGCAUGGUAAUGUUGGCCAUGCUCUAUUCGACGGACUUUAUCCAGCCUAUAUUGCCGCGAUACGCUUUGCUCCGAAACAUCUCCAACCGUUCCGAGUUCUUGUUGGCUUUGACAAAAGUCAAUGUCAAACAUGUUUUAGCGAAGAUAUUUACAGUCGUUUUGCCGGACUUGGAUUAAUUAAAUCGAAUGUUCUCGAUGUACUUGCCCAACGUCAAUGGUUCGUUUUCGAAGAAAUCAUUCUCGGUAGUGGAAUGAUGUGUCAACGUUGCAUUCAAUCCAACUAUCAGCUCGCCGGUGGAGUAGAACUCGACGGGUCUCGACUAUUUCGUGAUCGAAUGUAUAAACAGCACGGUCUACUUCCUCCACAUAUUCGACGUAAUCAUUCAGCAGAACGUCGUGAUGUCACAAAACCAUUGAAUGCUUAUAUUGUUCAUAACAAACGUUUUACAAAUCAAGAACAAGAAGAUUUGAAAUUAGCAAUGGAUGAAAUCAAUAAUCAUACAAAUUUGUACUUAAACAAAAGCAUUGAUGAGAUUAGAUCACUACCAUAUCCACUUGUACGAGUUUUUUACCUUGAUUAUCGAAAUAUUACUGCACAAAAUAAUGUUUCUGUUGGUAUUGAUGCAACUGCAAUCGAUUCAAAAUCUCCGACGUAUGAAUUAUUAGAUAAUAAUUUCAUUGCUCAACUACGAACGGUACGUAAUAUGGAUAUUCACAUCACCGGGCCAGGUACAGGACAAAUGUAUCAAACAUUUCUCUCCGAUGGAUCAGUGAGUAUUAAUCUUGGAGGAAUGAAUCCCUAUAAAAAAGAAACAACACCUAUUGCUUAUCCAUCAUUUCUCGAACAAUAUGUCACAGCGGGAACACCGUAUAUCAAAGGCCUUUAUUAUCCGAUUAAUAAGCGACGCGAUGGAAUUAAACGAGCCGAAGUCGUUCAGUUGAUUCGUCAAGCAGCAGAACUAAUUAUGAAAGGAUACGCAAUUCCAGUCAGUUCGAAAGAAAAUCUAGCUCCAGAUGGUCAAGUUUUUGUCGAUCAGUGUCAAGGCGAUGCAAAUUUUUGCCAAUUAGUAACUAUUAGAAGAAGCGGUCAAUUUUGGUGCAAUAAUAUGUGGACGGAAGAUUUAGUUCACGAACGUCGACAAUGGGCGGAAGGAGGAUUUCCCAUCAACGGCGCCAACGUUAUUUGUCCAUUCAAUCGAACAUUGUUACGUAGUUUAAGAAACAAAUAUGGAAUUGAAUAUCGUCCUGGCCGAGAAUAG